GGGCUUGUUUAGAGGCUUGUCUGAACCCUCACAAGCAAAAGUCAAAAGUUCUUUCCUUCUCUUGGGUGAUGGUGCAGAUAUUGAGAUGCAAAGUAAGCAUCAGAGAAGCUGAUUAAUCUCUGGUGUUUUAUUAACAUGAACCCUCAGCUCCCUCGAGUUUAAGGCUUUGUGGUGCUUUGACACUCUCUCACUAGAGUUAAUAUAUUUAUAGGCACCAUAUUGAAGCUUUUUUUUACAAUGAUAGAGCAGACAAACUUCUUUUUUUCUUUUGGUUCUGUGGAGGAGAGUCGCAGAACAUCGCGCUCUUUCAGCAGAAAGACUACCAUGUCUGACUCGUCCAAAAUAAAGACACAGCUUACUUGAGACUGGCUGUUGGAGCUGCUGCAGAGUCUCAGGAUUCUACUGGACCCAGCUGGCAGGAUAAAAACUUUAAGCUUAUGGGUGCGGGACUUCAGACCACUGUGUCGUCUUUACAAACUGUCUUUUACAUCGUUCUGGUGGUGCUGGGCAUUCUGGGUAAUACCACUGUCAUUGUGGUUAUUGGGAAGAGUGUUAUGAUGGACCGCAGUGUGCCUCACAACUCAAACAUCAUCAUCAUAAACAUGGCAGUGUCCAACCUGAUGGUUUCGGUCAUGAGGAAUAUUCUGCUGGUCAUGUCAGAUUUGGGGAUCCAGCUGUUUCUGUCCAAAGAACGGUGUCAGUUCCUCAUGGGGGUCUGGGUGUGGCUGCGAUCGGUCAAUGUGUGGUCCACGUUCUACCUCAGCGUGUUCCACCUCCAGACUCUGAGGCGCGUGGCUCCUUCGGUUGGAAACCUUCAAGCUUCUCGAGGCGUUCCGAAGGCUCUGCUGCUCAACCUGCUUUCCAUUUGGCUCGUCAACCUUCUUUACUCCAUUCCUGCACAUAUCUUCUCCACUAAUGGCAAUGCAAACAGCACUGAGACCCUGAUGUUGAUCAGCAGCACAACACGCCCCCUGCUGGGCUGUGUGUGGAACUUCCCGUCCAGCUACAGCGGCCUGGCCUACGCCACCACGUCCAUGGUGAUCCAUGAAACCCUGCCUAUCGUCUUGAUGACCGGGACCAACCUGAGCUCCCUUUACACGCUUUACACUUACGGCAGGACCAGGAGCUCAGUUCAAGAUGCACCAGUCGUAAAGCGGGUACCAGCUGAGAGACGAGCUGCCAAGGUAAGACAGAGAAACGGUCUCACAGACAUUAACAGAUCUGUUGCUGGAUUAUGUAAGUUUCCUUUUCUUGUUUUCCAGGUUAUUCUUAUUCUUGUUUUGCUCUUCAUUGUUUGUUGGGGAACCAGCGUUACAUCUGUGAACUACUUCAACUACAACCGAGGCACCUCAUCCGAGUUCCUGCUGGUCAUCGCUCGCUUUGCCAACAUCAUCUUCAUCGCCUUGUCUCCUGCUGUUCUCGCAGUCGGCCAUCGUGGGCUGCGUUCUUGUAUCAAGUCAUCACUGACUUACUGACAAAACUGCCCGGCAACAGCACACUGCUGAAAACCUGAAUCUGCUGAGAUUCUAUAGCUUUGUACAAAAAGGACAGAAUGUUUGUUGUUUUUAAAACAUAUCCAAAACCGGAUUAACUCAGGUUUGGAUGAGACAAGGGGAUUUCGUUCCAUUGAAGAAAAAUAAGAGUUAACGAUUGCUACAAGAAAACACAGAUGGAGGAUGAUAUUCUGAAAAACAUCUUUCUUUAUGCUUGCAGAACUUUACUGUUUGUUCAAAUCAGGAAAAAAAAUCCUGAAGAAUAGAUUUGUAGCCCUGCAGAAUCUCAUUUGUUUU